AUGAGCCGCCUGCCCCUCAGUGCCAUCGCCCAGAAGCUCCAGUUCUCCAGCGAUGAGGAAGAGGAGGUCGGAGCCAAGUUCUGCGACAACCUCCGUGUCCAACCAAGAGACGCCGCGUCGCCGGCGCCCAGCGGGGAAUGCGACUCGCCCUUCAGCCGCUUCCCGGUCUGCGCUCGGCUAGCUGUCCCGUCCGGGAGGAAGAGGUCGCCGCGGAGCCCCGGGGUCGGUCUGGCCGCGACAAGCGAGCGUCCCGAGUCACCCGUUCAUUGCAUGAACUGGAGGAAACUGCGACUCUGUGAUACUCCCUACACUCCCAAAAGCCUGUUUUCCAAAGCUGGGCAGAUCUCAACUGCCAAUAAAGGUCCUAUCUCACGGAUUUGCCAACCCUUGGGCUUUGCUGCCAGCUCUGAGCCCCACUGGGUUCCAACAGUGAAUGUGAACCCCUUCACGCCAACCCUGUACCACGAGCUGGGCCUUGCACACAGCACGAAGAAUGAGAGAACAGGAAAGAGGCGGAAGAGAGUUGAAGAAAGAGGCAGGAAACGUGCUGAGAUGAUGGAUGAAGACAAUGAAGAGUUUUUGUGGCCAUCAGAGAAGCUCAACAUCCUUGAGAACAUGGGUUCCCGCUACGCAACAGAAUUUUAUGAGUUGGAGAAGAUUGGAAGUGGAGAAUUUGGGGCGGUGUUUAAAUGUGUGAAGAGACUAGAUGGCUGCCUAUAUGCCAUUAAACGGCUGAAGAGACCAUUGUCUGGCUCAGUGGAUGAGCAGUCUGCGCUCCGCGAGGUGUAUGCACAUGCUGUACUAGGACAUCAUCCCCAUGUGGUGCGCUACUAUUCAGCCUGGGCGGAGGACGACCACAUGCUGAUUCAGAACGAGUAUUGUAACGGGGGCAGUCUGGCAGACACACUGAUGGGGAACUUGCUGGAGGGGAUACUGCUGACUGAGGGAGAGCUGAAGGAGAUCCUAUUGCAAGUGUCAAUGGGGCUGAAGUACAUUCACAACUCCAGUCUGGUUCACAUGGAUGUCAAGCCAAGCAACAUCUUUAUUUGCCGAAGAGUGACACCUGAAGUGAUCGCUGGUACGGAAGAAGAGAGUGACACAGAUGAGGAAGGGAGUUUGGUGACCAAUGUACUGUACAAACUUGGGGACCUUGGCCAUGUAACAUCAAUCUCUAAUCCACAAGUCGAGGAAGGAGACAGCCGCUUCUUGGCAAAUGAAAUUUUGCAAGAGGACUAUUCAAACCUGCCCAAGGCUGACAUCUUUGCGCUGGGCCUGACCAUGGCCCUGGCAGCGGGAGCAGAUGAGCUCCCUCGGAAUGACAUGGCCUGGCACAACAUCAGGGAGGGCAACCUGCCUGCCAUCCCUCAACAGCUCUCGCACGGGUUUCUCGGCCUCCUCACGCAACUAAUCAACCCAGAUCCCGUGGAACGACCCUCUUCCGCUGCCCUCACCCGGCACCCUGUUCUCCGGAGGAAUUCCAGCAAGGUGGCUUCACAGCUCCGAAAAGAGCUCAAUGUGGAACGUUUCCGGACAGCAAUGUUGGAGAGGGAAUUGAUGAAGGCAAGACUCUCGCAGGGCUUUCUGCAGUCUGAGGUUAAACCGCUGCAUGCAGGGAAGAGGCCAGUCCUCCCAGAGAACAGUCGAAGGAUGGUAGGGUGCAGAACCAGCCGCUCAAUAAGCUUCAACUGUGGUGGAUACUGAUGGCCAUUUCUGUCUGGCCAAGAUGCACAGCUGUUGUGCAGUGAUACUCUUUUAAAUUCAACACUGUUUCUCUGUAAAUGUUGCUUUUAAAUCCUUGUUUCUAAUCUGAAAUGUUUCUAAUCUGCCAGAGGUGGCUAUGUCAAGGUGCACAGUAUUGGGCAGAUGGAGCUACUUAACCCUGUAGAAGUGACCUGCAGCAAGUCACUUCUUGGGCCUUGCUCUGGAGGGUAGAGGAGGCAUUAGACCUGUUAGCAAUGAACUGCUCCACUAUGAAUGUCCAUUGCUUGGGUGCAGGCUUGAUCUGAGUUUGCUUGUAAGUGUUUUGUCACCUUGUGGGACUUUCCAGUAUCUGAGAGUACACAGCAGGUCUGAGCUGUUUUAAAAGGACACUCAACCUCUGUCCAGUGAGUAUAAUAAACU